UACAAAAUUUUUACAUUGGCGUUCUAAAGCCAAAUCUAAUCUAAGGUUUUCUAAAGCUAAAUCAAAUGGUCUUAAACAACAGCCCUGCUGUGUACCCUGCUGAAGAGGGGAAAAGGCAGACCUAUAUGAAUUAAUAAGUGUUGCAAACUUAUGAGAUGAAGAAACCAUUUUUAUCAGUAGUUUAAACUUCUCAUAAAGCCAAAUUAAUCCAACACAUAAAACAUGUAACUCUAAAGAACAGCAGCCUUUGAGCCGUUACUAUGAUUACUAUACAAAAUAUUUUCAGAUUAAAGAAUGGAAAUCUCCCAAGGACAAAGUCAGUUUUAUCUGGGUGAAUUAGAGAGGCCACAUGUUUAUUAAUAUGGGUUGCCAUCUUAGUAUGUCAAGUUUUACAGGGUUAAAAAUUAAUAGUUGUAUCCUUCAUAUCUUUGAUAAGGGAAUGUGAUUGAUUCAGCCAUUGUUCAGUUUUAUCAUUGUUCUGACAUAUAUGACAGAAUUUACUAUUUUACAGAUUUAACGUACCAGGAAGAGCCAUAUAAUUGCCAUUUGUUCUAAAGAAAUAUGUCAAAGUGAUUUUGACUGACAUCCAUCAGUAAGAAACAUGGCUGGUCAAGAUACAGGACAAAUAUUAAAGUACUUCACAGAAAUCAUUAUGGUGCUCCUGCUGACCUAUGAAUGUUUUGUGGAAACACUUGAUGUACAGUUUAGCUACAUAGAUGGACAACUGCAUCAUAGAAUACCAAGAAGUGCAGAGCUAUUGGAGUUUACUGUGGUUGUGGAAGUGAAAGUCUCCCAAGGUGUAAUGAAUGAACAGAUCAGAGCAUCAUUGGCCUCCAUUACGUUUCCUCUACAAGUGGACAACAGUACUGAAAUUACUGCUGCGGACAUUACAACAGAAGAUAACACAUCAUGUGCGCAACCACCAACAGUGACUCCAGUUCCGGCUGAAUAUCUAACUGAAAUUCAGAUAGAUGCAGAGAAUACUCCCAUCAUUUAUCAGCUGAUGAUCUAUUUGAUGGCUUUCAAUUUUCCCUACAUAAUCAGUGACAGCUCUAACAUCACAGAAAUCAACAUAACUACUGUGUGUUCUUUGAAUGAAACGCAGUAUCAGUGUAAAUGUGAGGGUCUGUUCGUUUGGCCGAAUGACACGUGUCACUCAUACAAGGCCUGUGAUGUCAUCACUGAUGGUUCAUGUACAUGUAUCAAUGGCCUUCCAGUCGAUAGACAGUUCUGCCAGUUAAAAGAAGUACUACCUUCUAACUACGUGAUUGACAUUGACGUGAGAUUCUUUGACUUGUUCGUGGUGAACUACUUACGGAAUAUCAUCAGAAAUAUCAGCCUGCCUUUGACUCUGAGCAACAGCAUGAAUGUCACAGAUAUCGACAUGACUACUGUGUGUGGAUUAAAUGAAAUGGUAUAUGAGUGCAAAUGCGAGGAGCAUCAUGUUUGGCCCAAUGACACCUGCAGGGCCUAUCAGGUGUGUGAUGGCAUUGUGGGAGGCACUUGUGGAUGUAUUCAAGCUCUCCCUUCAGAGGGUCCGCUUUGCCAGAGAGACAUCAAUGAAUGUGAAGAUGCAGUGUCAGUUUGUGGGCAAUACUCAGAUUGUAUUAACAUCAUUGGGAGUCACAUGUGUUCAUGCUGGAGUGGAUUUAAUACCUCCAAUAAAGACAGUCCUGUGAGCCGCAACAACUCAUGUCAGGAUAUAGAUGAAUGUCUGUUCAGUCCAUCUGUAUGUGGUCCAAAUUCCAACUGCACAAAUGAAAUAGGAAGUUACAACUGCUCAUGUUUGGAUGGAUUCACUGCAACAAACCCAAGUCUCCCCAUCAGCAUCAAUAAUACAUGUGGAGAUGUGCAUGAAUGUCUAAACACAUCAGAGUUCUGUGGUCCAAACUCUUGUUGCACCAACUUAAUUGGGAGUUACAACUGUUCCUGCUUGAGUGGGUUUACUGUAACAAAUAUGAAUCAACCAGUCAGCAUCAGUAACCCAUGCAAUGUGACUCUACCUUUGACUGAAUAUCUGAUUGAAAUUCAGAUCAAUAGUGUGGAUAGUAGCAUCACUGAUCAGCUGAGGACCCUUCUGAUGUCUUUUAAUUUGCCCUACAUAAUCAGUGACAGCACUAACAUUACAGAAAUCAACAUAACUACUGUGUGUUCAUUGAGUGUUCAAACGCAGUAUCAGUGUAAAUGUGAGGGUCUGUUUGUUUGGCCGAAUGACACGUGUCACUCAUACGAGGCCUGUGAUGUCAUCACUGAUGGUUCAUGUACAUGUAUCAAUGGCUUUCCAGUCGAUGGACAGUUCUGUCAAGCUAUAGAUGAAUGUUUGGUCAGUCCAUCUGUAUGUGGUCCAAAUGCCAACUGUGCAAAUGAAAUAGGAAGUUACAGUUGCUCAUGUUUGGAUGGAUUCACUGCAACAAACUCAAGUCUCCCCAUCAGCAUCAACAACCCAUGUAGAGUUCUUAAAAUGUCAAUGAGAGUAAAUCAGAAUUUUGAUACCAGUCUCAACAACCCUGAAGAAGAGAUGUUCCAAACAUAUGUAAACACUAUUAAGUCAGCAAUUGAAGACAGUUACAUAUCUCUGUCUAUCUACAUUAAAAAUUCUGUAAAAGUCAGAAAAUUCAGGCCUGGUAGCAUUAUAGCAGACUAUGAAAUUAGUCUAACAACAAACAGCCUCAGCAGCCUCAACAGCGCAAACAGCGAUGAUUUUGGAUUAGCAAACACACAGGUUUUAAGAACUCUCUGGAAGGCAGGAAUCCCUGUAGCUCUGAAUGCUUUUUUCUGAAAGUGAAGAAAAGAACUUGUCCACCACAGAAAAAUGGUAUCCCUUUCAAAAGAUGAUGCUGAGAUGUACACGCCCAGCAUCUGUAAAGGGUAAAAUAAAAUGGACAGUCAAUGAACAAGAUCCUACACAAGACACCAAAAGAUACACCAUUAUAUACACUGGCAAUGACCUUAGCACUCUCAUUGUGCACAAUGCUACAGAGAGAGACAAUGGUAGAUACUUGUGUAUAAUAGAAAGGUCCACAAUUGAUUACAUUCAGUGGCAAAAUGUAAUUCUUGAAGAACGUCCCAAUAUUAUAUUGGGUAAAAAUGAAAUAAAGUUUCAGUGUGAGGACAAGCCUGUACCAUUGACAUGCUGUGCAAAAUAUGAUGUUGAAUGGAUCCCAAUUCUAUCUGGUGAUGAAGUGACAUCUCAAGGGGAUGGAUGCAUCACACUAAAACAUAAAAUCAUGAAAGGAAAUUGUGAGAAUGAAACCUUUACAUGCCAACUCAAGGAUCCGGUACUUAAAGAUUUUGGUUAUGGCUGGAACAGAGUCACAGUGAAAGGAGAAUUUAGCUGUAAAAAUGACACACUCGGAGAUGAAAAUGAAAAUCAGUUUGUGACGGGACCCUGUGAGAAAAACUGGGAUGGCAGUAUAAUUUAUCAAUGUACUUCAGGUAAAUGGACAGAGUUCAGGAGGAACUGUAUACUUCAAGUUAUUAGCAACCUUAAAAGGAAGGUUGAGGUAAGCUAUUAAUCAUCUAUGCAGUGAAUACCUACAAAAUAAUAAGCUGCUCAAAAAA